GCGGGACACCACGGUUACACGUUACGAGACAACCAUAUCGCAGAUCUGAGCACUCAACAGUACGUACGAGAAAUGGUUGGUAAAAUUAAGACCAAGUAGAAGAAGACGUGUGUCCGAUGACGACGAAUUGGUUUCAUCAGCCUUUAACGAUCCAAAACUUGUACCAUCUCACUUGGAUUGGCGAGAACGUGGCUUUGUGACGAAACCAGUGAAUCAAAUGAAAUGUGGAAGCUGUUAUGCAUAUUCAAUAGCUGGCACGAUAGAGGGCCAAUUAUUUAAACAGACUGGCAUGCUAAUACCAUUGAGCGAACAGCAAUUGGUUGAUUGCAGUACGAUCACUGGGAAUAUUGGUUGUAACGGGGGUUCCCUUAGGAAUACCUUGAGAUAUCUUGAGAAAUCUAAAGGAAUUAUGCGUCAGGAUACUUAUCCUUACAAGGGUAAACAAGGUCAAUGUAAAUUCGUAAAGGAUCAAAGUAUCGUUAACAUAACAUCGUGGGCAGUUUUACCAGCACGUGACGAAAAAGCAUUGCAAGUGGCUGUUGCAACGAUUGGUCCAGUAGCAGCAUCAAUAAAUGCGAACCCAAAGACCUUCCAGCUUUAUCAUCAAGGCGUUUAUGAUGACGUUGCAUGUUCCUCGGAUAUUGUAAAUCAUGCUAUACUAAUCGUUGGAUAUACCCCAACUGAGUGGAUUUUGAAGAAUUGGUGGGGUGAACAUUGGGGUGAGGGUGGUUACAUGAGAUUGGCAAGACACAAAAAUCGUUGCGGAAUUGCUAAUUAUGCUGCUUAUGCCAAAAUUGAAUAAUAUAUUACUUGUAUAUUUUAUUGACCAA